GAGUCAGACUCAGUGAGCGAGAGUGGCAUUUCCGUAAAUACGACCCCACCCCCCAACCCAGAAAACAACAACCGAACUCGAACUCCUCUUACUUUCGUUUGUAUCCGUUGAAACCCCACUUCCACUCUUCUCCACGCUCUGUUACUGUUCCUUUCUCUCUUUUCCUUUCUUUUCAAUGCUUCAAACCUUCUCCUUUUUCAAACAUGUCAUUGUAGAAUCUUUCUCACCCACCAAACGCUACCUCUCAACAACCUUUCUUCUCCCCCAACAACAAUGACAGACUCCACCACCGCCACAACCUCAUCUCUCAGCUUCAAGCUCCUCCUCUUAGUAGCCAUUUUACUUGUCACCGUAGUGGUCAUCCUUCUUCUCAUCUUCUUCCUCUGCUUCCGCGGUACCCGAAGCUGCAAGAAGCGCAAGUUAGUGGCCAAACACAGCUCCGGCACCAUCCCUCUGGUGUCCAAGGAGAUCAUGGUGGUUAAGGCCUCCGAUCUCACCCCUUCCUCUGAACCAUCGCAGAGUGAGAUUGAUGAUGUGGACGUUGAUCCGAAGAAGGAGGCGGACAUCAUGGUUGAAAUCGAAGGGACUAGGAAGAGCGACGUGUCUGGUGGGGGCCACCGCAGCGAGGUGUCGGUGGAAGAUCCCAACAUAGGGUGGGGUCGUUGGUAUACCCUUAGGGAAGUGGAACUCGCAACGCGUGGAUUUGCAGAAGGGAAUGUCAUUGGAGAAGGUGGGUAUGGGGUUGUAUACAGAGGUCUUCUGCAAGAUGGCUCCGUCGUCGCUGUGAAGAAUCUUCACAACAACAAGGGUCAAGCUGAGAAGGAGUUUAAAGUGGAGGUUGAAGCCAUUGGGAAAGUAAGGCAUAAGAAUUUGGUUGGUUUGGUAGGAUAUUGUGCAGAAGGUGCUCGAAGGAUGCUUGUUUAUGAGUAUGUUAAUAAUGGAAAUUUGGAGCAGUGGCUGCACGGUGAUGUAGGACCAACGAGCCCCUUGACAUGGGAUAUUCGAAUGAGAAUUGCUAUUGGGACAGCAAAAGGGAUAGCCUAUUUGCAUGAAGGAUUAGAACCCAAAGUUGUGCACCGAGAUAUAAAAUCCAGUAACAUUCUUUUGGAUAAAAACUGGAAUGCCAAAGUAUCAGAUUUUGGACUUGCUAAGCUCUUGGGGUCUGAGAAAACCCAUGUGACCACACGUGUAAUGGGAACAUUUGGAUAUGUUGCACCUGAGUAUGCAAGCACGGGUAUGCUUAAUGAGCGUAGUGAUGUGUAUAGCUUUGGAGUUCUACUAAUGGAGAUAAUAACAGGAAGAAGCCCCAUUGAUUAUUCAAGACCACCUGGAGAGAUGAAUUUGGUUGAUUGGUUUAAGGCAAUGGUAGCAAAUCGUCGCAGUGAUGAACUAGUUGAUCCUUUAAUUGAGAUUCCACCCUCUCCGAGAUCUCUGAAGCGAGUUUUACUCAUUUGUCUGCGCUGUAUAGACUUGGAUGUCAUCAAGCGACCAAAGAUGGGUCAAGUUGUUCAUAUGCUUGAGACUGAUGAUUUCCCCUUUCGAUCUGAGCUACGUACAAUUAGAGACAAAGAUCCUUUGCCUUCUCAAGCAGAUGUUUCUAUUAAAGUACCAUAUCCAUCAAAGCAUGCGGAAAUCGUAGAAAAAUCAAGAUGGAGAUAAUUGUUUGUAAUACUGGUCAUGCAACUUUUGUGAUUGAAUUAUUUGUUGUUGCAUUUUUCAUGAUGUUAUGAACAAGUUAUGGGUCAUUGUGCAUAUCUUAUACGGUGUAGUUAUUAUUUCUUCAGGUUUAUAACACCAUUGUUGUCUUGCAUUAUGUUGGGUA